UCCGUCAUUUUUUGUUUUGUACUUUUUAUAAAAACAUUUGUUCACAAAAUGUCGCAGAAAAUCAUGUUCUAAGCGUUUUAAACACCAAACCUCACCAUGCCGCCUAAAAAGAAGGGUAAAAAGAGUGGUAAGAAAAAGAAAAGUGGAAAGAAAGCUAGCACUAACGUCGCAAAAGUGCAAGAAUUGAGCGAGCUUUCAAAGGAGUAUUUUCUUGUUCAAAUACGUGAUUUAGAAGAACGCCUAGCACGGUAUCAGAAGAAGUGCGACGAAUUAGAGAUCGGAAAUAAUGGAUUUAAGUCUCAGUAUGAACAACAAGUUAAUGAUAAGAAGGAAAUUGUAUCAUUUUUGAAAAAGCAACUUGAACAGAGGGGUGAAGAGCUAGCUGAUUUACAAGAUCGCUUGAUAGGGUUACAACAAGCAAAAGAUGCAGAAAAAGACCAGUAUGAGGUUCAGUUGGCUACGAUACGUACAGAAAUGCAAGAGGUAAAGGACCAAUUAACAUCAGAAAACAUGGUCCUUGGUGGGAAACUUGCCUCGUUGGAAGAAUUCAAAGUACAAAAAGAAGAUCUGAUGGCAAAAUUUUCAAAACUUGAAAAAGAAUUAGAAAGCAAUAAAAUGGAACACAAGGAUGUGAUUUAUAAUUUAGAACGGAAAGCUGUUGUUGAUAAAGAUCGGUUGAAGAAAGAAAUGAUACUACGUGUGAAUCAGGUUGCAGCAGAGUUUAGAAAGGUUUCAAACAAACAGAUGGCGGAGACAACUAAAAGAACAAUACGUGAAAAUGUUUCAAUCAACGCUCAGCUGUCGAAAAUGUCGGAUAAAACAAUGGAGUUGAUUCAGGAAAAUGACCAACUGAGAGAGAAAGAGAAACAGAUGAAACAACAUAUUGAUAUGUUGGAGUUUAACGAGAAGGAAUUAGCAAAGAAAAAUUCCAGCAAUCAAAAGAUUAUUCGCAUGCUUGCCGCAAAAGCGAAGGAACAAGAAGAUAGGCUCCUGGAUUUUGAAGAGAAGAAUCAACAGGAACAAAGUUUAGAGGACGAAAUUGAACUUUAUCAAAAACAAGUGGAAAGCAUUAAAGACGAGUUGAAGAAAAGUACGAUAAAGAAUGAGGACUUUGAAGCGGAAAUAGAAAAAGUAAAAAAGGACCGUGAAGUGGCAAUGAAACAGAAAGAUGCAUUGGUUAAAACAUUGUCUGAAGCCGCAAAUGCAUUGGAAUCAUCUCUCAAGAUAAAGAGCGAUGCAGACGAAAUCAUUGGUGCGGAGGAAAUCAAGCACAGACUGGCUGCAGAAAGAGAAGAUUUACUUCAAAUCUUACUGGAAAUAUUAAACAGCGCAGCAGACUACGGAGUGGGUCCUCAUGCUAGAAACUUUCGUCCAAAGAGUGCCUCAAAUACAGGCGCUGAUCUAAGUAAACACAUUCGUAGAAAGACAAGAUCAAGCUUUUCAAAAGGGCUACGUCCACCGUCCAGACCACUUCCUCAUUAUAAACUGGGUGACCUUGGUAUUGUUCCCAGAAGUAAACCUAUACUUGGUCCAGUUCAUACGAAAUUGACUACGUCCCGAGAGACAAGAUCUAUUGGCGUCCAAACCUUCAGCGCCCAGAAGGCGAUGUUCUUUGCCGAUCAAUUAUUAGCCAAAGAAGCAGGACAUUUGGAUAAGCCAAUUGUUCAUUCGGGAAUUAAAACUGAUGUCUCUAUGCUCCGAGGCAAAGUAAGAUAGAAUUACCGUGAGCAGCACUUCGUGUUAGAGAUGUCAGAAAAGAGAAGAAAUAGACAGAAUAGUCAUCUUGUUUAUAGGUUGUGAAUAUUCAAGUUUUACAUGUAUAAGAACAAGCAAACUAACUCAGUCUGUAAUGACUAAUCUAGAUAAAUUAUGCUUUGUCAGAAGGGAUUAAUAUCUAUCAACUGAAAACCAUGGUAUCUCUUUCUCAUAUCGGGCUAAAUCAUCACCAAUAUAUGCUGUGCAUCAGAAAAUAAAGCGAUUCCGAGUUAGUUGGGU